AUGCCAGACUUCAAAACCAGUGACAAGAAGAUAAUAACUGGUCCCUUCUGGCAUGAAGUAUUCACGGAAGUAUACGAAGAUCCUGAAGAAGAAGUUUUCACUACUACUUCAGAGCCCCUUCCGUUCUUCGAAGAUGAUCCUAUAACUAACAAUGUGACUGCACAGCUUGGGAGCAGGGUACACCUACAUUGUCGUGUUCAUGAUUUGGGAGAUAAAACUGCAUCAUUUGCAGAAGAAAGAAGUGACAAAAUCAAAGAGAAAACAAUGACGUUAUAUCCUGGGUACGUCGUCGUGGAGAAGAAAUUCACCUUCUUUCCUUUGGCCGCCACACGUACUCAGCUGACUCAAGAUACUCACUUGCUUUUUGAACACCCCAAUGAUUGGCGUCUCCUCAUUCAGUACGUCAGCGAGCGAGACGAGGGAUUUUAUGAGUGCCAAAUCUCCGCACAUCCGCCACUGGUGCGUCGUGUUCAUCUCUCUGUUGUCGUGCCAAGAGUAGAAAUAGUAGAUGAACGUGGAAAACCCCUACAGGACAAGUUUUACAAAGAAGGUUCGAUAAUAGAACUACGUUGCGUUGUCAGCGAGGUGCCUGAGUCAUCCCGGCAGGUGAACUGGAAGCACGGAACUAGAUUGCUAAACUAUGAUACUAAACGUGGAGGAGUUAGCGUGAAGACAGAAACCACUGAAAAUGGUGCUCUGUCGAGGCUCUACAUAGCAAACGCAAAUCGAAAAGACUCUGGGAACUACACUUGCUCUCUAGCAGAUUUUGCUGCGUCUGCCGUCGCCGUGCAUGUUCUAAGAGGUGAAAAUCCACUAGCAAUGCAGCGGGGCGGUGUCGCCGGGUACUCGCGUCCAACGACAGCCCUUCUUUGUGUAUAUAUUAGCUGA